AUGGAUGACGACGACAAGAAUCUGGUCCUGUCAGAUGGACCUUCCACGGCCCCCGCCGUCGAUACCGGUAGCAGCAGCGGCGUGGUCAACAUUGACGCCAGCAGCAGCGUCCCAGUAAUCGACAUCCACGGCGACAGGCGCAACGUGGUCACCAAUCUCCACGGAGGUUGCUGCGACAAGAUCAUCAAUGUCCACGGCGACAGCAGCAACUCGGUCUUCAACCUCCACGGCGAUAUCUGCGACACAAUCAUCAAUGUCCGCGGCGACAGCCGCAAUUCGGCCAUCAGCGUCCAUGGCGGCAGCCUCAACUCGAUGAUCAACAUUCAUGGCGAGAGCCGCAACUCGGUCAUUAGCAUCCUCGGCCAUAGUGCCAUCACAUGCAUCAAUAUUUACGGCGACGGCCACAAGUCGACCAUCAACGUUCAGGGCAGCUUCGAAUCGGCCAUCAACAUUCACGGCGACAGCAGUCACUCGGUCAUCAAUGUCCUGGGCGGCAGCUACGAUUGGACCAUCAGCUUUCACAAUGGCAGCCGCAUCUGGACCGUCAACGGCGUCAGGGAUGAUCAUCGCAUCCGAGACUCUGCCUAG